ACUUUAAGGAAAACGGUGUGUGCGUCCCUCUUCGCUCGUGCAUGGAGCAAAUCGGCGAUCGAACUCAGAAGUGCCUUAUGUUUGCUCAGAUGUAAGCGGCGUGGUUCGUUAAUAGCCCGUUUAAUUAGAUACAAGCUUGCAGCUGAGUCACUGGCAAUGGUUAGCGUUUUCUUCGCGAACAUACUAGUUUCACCUCCGAAUUCUUCCAGGGCUGCACGAAUUGCAGCGAGCUCGGCGCGUGUAAUAGUGUUAGUGCAGCCAAAUCCAUUUGGGUUUACGUAGACCACACGGUCUUUAUGCCAAGCACAAGCCCCAGCCACUUGUAGUUCUCUACCGUUUUCAGUUGUUAUCUUGGAUACCGAGCCAUCGGUCCAUACAAUUUCCUCGGGGUUGUGGGCCAGCGGCAGUGUACGUUGGAAUUGUGUCCGAUUCAACCUCGGUGUCGCUGGAGCUUCGUCAGGCGUGACCAUAGUGGCAAUGUUCUGGUGAGUUGCGAGGUACUUGGCAUGUUUGGAGAUGUGACGUGGGAUGUGGGGACACGACGUGUUUAACGUACCUGGCCCGAGGUGGGUGUCAGCGACGGUUGCGGGCGCGUGGGGACCGGCUACCAGUGAGGAGCGAAGGCCUUUCCAGCUCUGCGUGAAGGCGUUUAGCCCAGCUGUGUUGCCAACGGCAACCAGUAUGGCUCCGCGUUGCUUCUGCAGGGGCACGUCAGUGCCGAGUCCAGGCUCCAUCCCAGCUGUGCCUGGGGAGUCCAGUUCUCCGUUCGUCCAGGUGGCGAGUCGGCGGCAGAGCGGGCUGCGCACAACGGCUCGGACGGUUGCCGAGGGGAGGGACGUCUGGUGCUGUGGUGCCGUCUUAUGAUCAGUUUGCCCCGGGUCGCGCCGGUAUCUGUGCAGCAGGGCAGCCACCGCCUCCUCGAAGGCCUUGGUCCGGUUGUUGCUGGUCCGGUUGAAGCUUUCCCAGAGCGUUUGAAGGCGUGCGUAGGAUGGCCGCCAGCUCCUGGCCAUCAUUAUCCAGGUCGUAGGUGCUGCGGCGUCGACAUCCAUUGGGUCCUCAGCGGCGGCCGCGGCUGGCUGCCCUUGGUGGAGAAGGCUUUCGUCUCCAUUUGUGAGGCGCAUAGCCGUGCUGAUUGCGGCUUUAUCACCGGAGUUUCUCAAGCUCCCGGGUGCUAAUCAGAUGGCGGCUCGUAUUGCGGUCGACCAAGUGGCUGAAUUCGAGCUGGAGUUCCGCGAGCGGGAGCACGUGUUCGACAGGGAGGGGUGCUGCCGCACGCGCUGCAGCUGCGGCGUCCAAAGCCUCGACAAUUGACCAGGUAGGGGUGGUAUACGGUGUGCCCUUGUAAAAGAGCUGUAUACCAUGCUCACGAGCGAGGGUCAUCUGUUGCAGAGUUGUGAAGAAGCGCCCUCUGUCUGCAGGUAGGUGGUGUGCGAGGCUCGUACCCGCCAGGCUAUGCUGCCGUGGCAGGAGGGCACGGGUAACCACGCCCAGUCGGCCUGUGUCGUUUAGAGCAAGGACAAGCGCGCGGUUGGCCACACGCGCGUACUGGGGUAAGAGUGAGCCCAGUCCUAGGCCAUAUUCAUCGAUUGGGAGAAGGGUGGUACGGGUAGGGAAGCUGCGUGGCAGCCCGUAGCACCGUUUUGCGUAACCGGCCAGUGCAGCGUCAAAGUUUGCGAUGUCCUGUUUCGUGUAUGGCAUCGCAGCAAAUGCAUAGGCGAUUGAGGUGUGGACGCAUUGCUGCAGCAUGCGUAGGCGUUGUGCCGGCGUGGCCAGUGACGUGGCUAUGGCCGUGCCCUUUUCUUUCACAGUUUCCGUGACGCGGGAGACUUGCGCCUUCCAGUCUAGUGAGAAGGUCUUCCAGCGUUGUGGUCAGGGCCGCCAAGUCGUCAGCGUACGCGGCGGCGCUGCAGUGGUACCGUGCAUUGUCCUCCGGGCUGAGGCAUCCGUAGCGGUAGCCCCGCCCACCUGCGUGGAGCCACCGCACAAGCGGUUCCAUGAACAAGAUAAACAGUACCGGUGACAGGGUGUCACCUUGCACUGUGCCACGUUCUAUUGGGAUGGCGGAUGUGCAUCCAUGUUCAGUACGAAUGCGGGUGGUGGCGUGCGCGUAUAGGUUGCGAACUGCGCGUAUCAGGUCGUCAGGCAGGCCCAGAUCGAACAUAAUCUGGAGUAGCCUGUCCUGAUCGAUUGUGUUAAACGCAGAGCUGUAGUCAACAUACACUGCGUAUACGUCUUUCCCAUACAGGGCAGCGUCCUCCAGUACAUGCACAAGGUUCAGUAUCUGCCGUUCCGUGUUGCAGUAGGCCCGGAAGCCCUCCUGUGAUUCGCUGAACAGCUGGAGUGGGCCUGCCAGUUCACCGAUGCCCAGGGUGAGCAUAGAAGUGUACAGUUUAUAGCAAGUGUUGGCUAGAGCGAUGGGCCUCUUGUUCUUGAUGUCAAGAGCGUCCCCAGGUUUUGGGAGCAGGACCGUGUCUGAAGUGGCCCAGGACUCCGGGAUUGUGGACUUGACGUACAUGAUCUUCAGUGUGUUGUGUAGGGCUCGCUUCAUGCCGUGAGGCAAGAUGCGGAGCAGCUCGUUCGGAAUGCCGUCUGGGCCCGUGGCUUUGUUACGAGAGAGGCCUGGUGGCGAGCGUGUGCUGGAGGGCAGCGGCAGCAGCUUCACGCUGCGCUUUGGCUCGGUCCGCCACCAACUGGCGGUGUUGGGCUUGGCAGUCCUUUAUCUGACCUCGUAUGGCGGCAGCCUCUCCUUCCGUUGUUGUGUCUGGCGCUGCACCGCCGGCUGUCAGGUCUGCCGUGGCCUCGACCAUUAUGUCCUCCAAGUGGGCGGCAGCGGCGGCCAGCUGCUUCUUGGUGAUUGGAAGCGUCACGCGAGACCAGCGUGGGCUGUCUUCAGAUGUUGUUGCUGGUGGCGCUGCGGGCUGCGGUGCUUCCCAUAGGUGCAGCGCGUCAGCAGGCAGUUUUACGUGUACAGGUUUAUGGUCAAAGUUACCCGCGACUGUACUUACGUGCUCGUGUGGGCUGGGGCACGCGGUGAGCGUUGUCGUGCACAUGAGUAUGUCAUCUAUGCGGCUGCGGUGCGUUGUGACACCAUGUUGUGUUUGUUCAUAGGACCAUUCGCCCUCUGUGGUCAUGGUGCCUCGUGCGGGUAAUAAGCCAGUUUGUGCCAGAAAGCGUUGGUGUAGUCGGUCAGCAGAGUCAAGCGGCCCUGUGCGAUCUGCAGCGUUAGCUACAGCAUUGAAGUCUCCCGCCACAACCAGGUGUUGUUCACAGGCGCUGGUGUGUGUCAGGGUGGUCUGGCAGUAAUGGUAGAUGGCCUUGCGGAUUGCCGUGUCUUCGGGCGCGUAUACACCCAGGACUGUAAGGGGCGUGCUGCCCCGUGUGCGGAUCUGAAUGUGAGACACAUAGCCGUGUAGGGUGACUGGAGGAGUGUGAGCUGCAGUACAAGCGGUACCCUUCAUUCAUAAAGGCUCGUUUUAGUGGGUCGUGUCGGUGGCCAAGCUUAGUUUCAGUCAAGAUCACAAUAUCGGCGUUCCAGGCAGCAAGAUUGCAGAGUGUGAAGCUCAGAUUUCCCGGGGCACCUGCGGCUGUUACUUGUGAGAGUAGGCCCCGUACGUUGUGUGUGACAAGAUGUAGUGUGCGGGCCUGUGUUUGGUCUGGGCUAGGUUGUGCGGUAGUUGUGUCUUGUCGUUCUGUUGGUGCGGUUUGCUGUCGUUUGAAUAGGUCGGUGAGCAUGUUUGUGCGCCCUGUCCAGCGGGCCAGCGCUGUCCCAUUGGUGGCGGUGGCGGCGGCCAGGGCACGUAUGGUUCGUAUUUGGGCGGUUAUGUUUGGGGCGAGGCGUUGGGCAGCAUUUGUUGUGUUGUUUGGGCUUGUAGCAGUGUUCCUUUGUUCAGGUUGAGUGAUGUCUAUUUCAAUGGGGGCAUUUGUGCGGUCUGUUGGUGCUGCUGUGGGCAGUGGCAUUGCUUCUUGUGGAAAGAUGUUGUAGCAAGGGCCGAGUGUAGUACGCACGGCCUCCAUGUCUACAGUGGAGACAGUGCCGAGGUAGUAAAUAUGGCCUUCCAUAGCACUCCAUCCAUCGUCUUCAAGGAGAACGUUGUGGAGUGGUGUAUUUUCUGAAUCGACUAUGCGCCAUUGGCCUGCCUCAAGGCGGACUGCAUAGACAUGGGGCCGGCUAUUCAUGAGGACAUUGAAGCCAAGGCGGCGCGCCUCACGUGGUAAUGCGGCGAGUACGGAGUCUUUGGAAUGAGGGGGAUCCCCUGGUGUGUCAAAAUGUGACACGGCGCAGCGCAUGACUAAACGCUUGUUGGGAAGUGCGUUUGCAUUCCCGAUUGUGGCGUUAUAGUAAAGGUAGUGGUUGAUGAUGCUCAUGUCAAACCUGCCCGCUUGUGUGUAAGCGUUUGCCCAC